UCGCUUCACCUUCGUGGCUGAGUAUCCCCAACUCAGCUGCGCCGCCUUCUUCAUGGCUGAGCCCAACGAGGUCAUCAGCCUCGAGUACGACAGCGUCGACAUCGACUGCCAGGCGGGAGACUUCAUUACGGUGUUUGACGGCUGGGUGUUGAAAGGCGAGAAGUUUCCCAGCUCGCAGGACCAUCUGCUGUCCCCGCGCGAGCGAUACGUGGACUACUGUGAUUCCUCCACUUCCACCCGGAGAAGCGUGCGCUCCUCGCAGAACGUGGCCAUGAUCUUCUUCCGUGUGCACAACGCCGGCAGCGGCUUCGCCGUCACGUUCAGGAAGCUCGCCAUCCAAUUUCCCUGCAAUGUCAUCUCACACUCACCAGAAGGCACUUUCACCAUGGUCAGCCCACAGCAGCACAGGAACUGCAGCUUCUCCAUCGUCUACCCGGUAGAGGUCGACAUCUCGGAAUUUUCAUCCUUCGGACUCCUCGGCAGCUUCCCAAAGUGGCCCACAUCGACUUGCGACUCGGAGGACAUGCUCCAGCUGUUGGGGGGAAAUGGUCUCGACACAUCCAAGAUGUUCCCCCUCACGGAGCUCUGCAGCUCCUCUACUGGGCCCAGACACAUGAAAGUGGGCUGCGAAAACACGGUGGUGCGCAUGGUGUCCAGCGGCCGCAAUGUCAACAGGGUGUCCUUCAGCUACCGCCUGCUGGACAGCCAAGAGCUGCAGAGGCUGCGAGUCAACAACGUGGAGGAUUUCUGCAUGGCCAACUGAUCUCUCUCAUUGAUAUGUCUGAAAGACCAAACAUGAAUGGGAAUAUCAAUGAAGACAAAGUGUGUGUUUUAUAUAUUUUGUUCUUCCCCCUUUCCCCCAACAUCCGUGCUGUUUGUUGCAUAAAGUCUUGACAUUCUAGUGAUGAACGGUGCUAAAGUGAAUUUAUUGUCAGAGUAAUGUGCCGUUAAUAAAUACAACUGAUUGGCAUUUGUAUACAAAUACUUUUUUGGAAUAAAAUUACACUGCAUGGCAAAGCAAU